UUUCUGAUUGGGGAAAAACCUAAGUGAAGAAGAGAGACAAGACAACAACAACACAAAAGCAAACACAAUUCUCACCGAUCAAAUCUCUCUCUGGGUUUUGAAAAAGUCGGAAUCUUUCUUGAGUUUGGUUAAUGCCUGGGAACCACAGUGAGAUUUCGUUAAAUGAACAAAACAGAGUCGAUAACGAUACCAAUACGAAGACGACAAGGAAGAAGAAGAAGAAGAAAGAUGUAACAAUCGUUGAUGAUGAUGAUAAUCAAUUGGAUAGCACCAAUCAAUUGGUAACGAAGAGUAAGAAUCGAUUUAUAGCCAAGUUUCGAAAGAAACCCAAAUCGCCAAAAGGGUCGCGUAAAGGUGGAUGCUUUCGUGUGAUGAUGCGACCUCGAAGGAGAGAGAGGGAUGGUGAUGAUGAUGAUGAUGCUGAUUCGGUUUUGUCUCCAGUUUCUGAUCCUAAUGAUGAAAGGUUUAGUCAUGAGAUGAUGAGAGUUAUGUUAGAGACUAAUGAUUUCUGCUCUGAUGAGUGUAAUCCACAUCGGUGAAUAUUUGUAAGUUUGAUUUAUUGGGAUUGGGAUUGGGGUUGUUGGUUGAUUCUUAUUAUUUAUAGAUUUUUUGGUUUUGGUUUUUGUUUUUGGAUCAAUUUGUAUAGAAUCUCUCUUCUGGAUUAAAUUCAUCAAAUUGCAUAUGAGUGUUUUUUCUUAUGUUUUAGUCCAAUUGUGAUUCUUUAUGCAGAGCCUUUGUGUUUGAUUCUGAUUCGUAUAGCAGAGUUGUUAUUGGUAGUUUUCAUUGAAUUGAGCUUGCUUCUUUAGCUUUCUAGGAAGUCUAACACAUAUAGAUUUGGAUUGUUUUCAGUUCAUAAUAGUAAAUGUGGAUGAUUGUUGUCUAUGUCUACUGUGGUAAAGGAAAGAUGAUAAUGCAGUGAGUUUAUUUGAAGAAUUUUAGGUGCUCAAGCCUAAGUCUAUAGGUCUACUAUAACUAUUGUAAGACUGAGUAUGGCCUGUUGUGACUUGGUUAGAAAGCAGUUCGUGAUGAGUUGGUUUAUAAGAUGCCUUGGGAGAUUGUUUACGACGUGUGGUCUGUGUAGGGUUUGGUUUGUGGAUUUGGUGAGAGUUGAGAGCCUUAAUGAAGGAAGUCUUUCUGGUUUUGUGAACUGAAGAAGAAAGCUUAAGUUCUUAGCAUAUUAGUUCAAAGCAGAGGGACUGGAAGAAACAAUUAAGAAUUGGAUUUCAGUGAUAUUGCUGAAUGAGUAUCGAUACUGCCGAUUCUUAGGUCUACUGGAGCGACUUUUUUCUUUAGUAAAAACUACAUGGCUGGAUCAGGUGUUAGAGGCAUUAACUUAGUUUUCUAUAGUGGAAGCUCGUACACUUACUUCAAUGCCGAAGCAUACCAAGAGAUUCUCGAUCUUAUAAGAAAAGACUUGAAUGGGAAUCCUUUGAUGGACACAAAAGAAGAUAAAAGCUUACCUGUCUGUGGAAAGACAAAAAACCUUUGAAAUCACUUAAUUAAUGAGGUCAAGAAAUACUUCAAGACGAUUACUUUACGAUUUGGGAGUAAAUGGGGCAGAGUUUUUCUGUUUUGUAAUACUCCAGUAGGCCUGAACGGAACUGAGUAUCGAUACUGCCGAUUUCUUAGGUCUACAGGAGCAGAGUUUUAACUGUUUUGAUUGUUUCUUAUAUAUGAGUCUAUGGCACACUGAGUUCAACUAUAUGUAAUGCCUCUUACCUUUUCUGAAUUGCCUCUGCCUUGGAGUUCUAUGAAGAGCAAUGCUCAUCCUCCACGAAGUAAAAUCGUUAACUGGUCGUGUUUACUUACUGCAGAGAUACUGAUACAGAAACUAGUCAUAACUACGGAUAUAGUCCAGUCACCAUACUCUUAUAGACAUUCAAGCCUUAUCGAUGAACCUGCGUGAUGCGCGUUUGUUAUAUACCCUUACUAGUUGUGAAUUUUGCAAAUGAUAUAUAGAUUCAAGCAUUAUUCUGCUCGUAUACUUGGAAUGAUCUAUAAUGAUUUGUAUAGCUUGAAUGUGAAUGCAUUUGAAGUUUUGAAUA